AUGGCUCUAGACCUCAGAACAUCCUGUCGGCGUGACUCCCGCAGGAAGGCUCCUGGGUCGGGACAUGCGGAGCCUGAACGCGCCCGAGCACCUGGGUUCCCGAAGCGAGGCGGGUCCUCCGGGCUCCCGAGCUCCGCGCUCGGCGUCUUUCCCUACAGCAACACCUCCUACGCUCGGCAGGAGCUGCAGAGACUCCAGAAGGCGUUUCACCGGUGGCUGCGGCCGGAGCAGCACAGCAAGGACGAGAUGAUUGCCCAGCUGGCCCGGGAGCAGCUCCUGAUGGACGAGCGCCGCAGGGACAGGUCCGUGUGGAGGGAGGAGUGGGAUUCAGGAGGCAGAAGCCUGGAGAAGUUCAUGGAGGAUCUGGCCGAUGACUGCAUGGAGCCGCCCGGCUAUGUCCACGUCUACAUGCAGGGACAGGAAGCCCUCUUUUCAGAGAAUAUGCCCUUAAGAGACGUCAUUUUUCACCUCACAAAACAGUUGUCAGCAGGUACCCCAACAGGAAAGAACACGGGCACUCCCAUUCAGACUCCCCAAGAUCCUUCCACACAAACAGGAUGCGGUGAGUGA